GCAGCGCCUGCGGCAGCAUCGGCCCUUGCAGCGGCGGCGGCAGCAGCUCCGGGCUCUGCGGCGGCGACCUCCACCGGCGAAGCCAUGGCGCUUUUCAAGGCAUCUAGCAGCAGCACUGCUGUCAGCCACGAAAAAGACACCCACGACUCCUCUGCAUUCCUCCAACUGACGAAGGCUCUACAACACGAUGGAGAUGAGCUCCCUGAACAGCGACUUGUUGUUGGGGGACUUGCUGUCCCCCUUCAACCCGUCGGGUUUGGGGGCUGAGGAAAGCCUGAGCCCCCUAGAUGACUACCUGGAGGAGGCCAAGCCCUUCAAAUCGCAUGGGCUCUCCAGCGACAAGGCUAAGGCAGUCUCUUCCGAUUGGCUGGCUGUGGAUGGUUUGGUCCACUCCACAGACUAUGACAAGGAGGAUGCCUUCUCGGGCAUGGAUUGGAUGGUGGAGAAAAUGGAUCUGAAGGAGUUUGAUUUCGAUGCCCUGCUGGGUAUGGAUGAUCUGGAAUCCACCUGCUCUGAGCUUAUUGCCACGUUGGAAGACUCGUGUGAUCUGUUCGACCCCUUGGCCGCUAGUAACAAAGAGUCCCCUUCAACAGUUAAUUCAAUUGGCCAGUUCCCAGAAACUCUACUUGAACUUGAUCAUGUCACCCCCCUCAUCUCCCAUCAGUCUUUUCCCUUUUCUCUGAGGGCCCCGACCUCCACGCCAGACCAUUCUUUUAGUUUAGAAAUAGGUAGUGAAGUGGAUGUCUUGGAAGGAGACAAAAAAGCAGAAGCUGUUUAUGGGCUGAUGCCAAAGGAUAUCAAAGAGGAAGAUGCCCCCUCAGAUAAUGAUAGUGGGAUUGGAAUCUGUACCAGCCCCGAGUCCUACCUGGGCUCUCCCCAGCAGAGCCCCUUCACUUCCAUGGCUUCUCUGAAUGAGAGCCAGCUCUCUUCAGAUGCCAUUUUUCUCUCUGCCCGCCCCAAACCUUAUGACCGUCCCCUUGAGGACAAGAAAGAGAAAAAGGUAGAUAAAAAGCUAAAGAAAAUGGAACAAAACAAGACUGCUGCCACACGUUAUAGGCAGAAAAAGCGGGCAGAACAGGAGGCAUUAUCUGGGGAGUGCAGAGAGCUAGAACAAAAGAAUGAGGCUUUGAAGGAGAAGGCAGAUGCCCUGAGCAAAGAGAUCCAGUAUUUAAAGGACUUGAUAGAAGAGGUCCGGAAGGCCAAGGAAAAGCGGAAAAGUCCCGAAGUCGUUGGGUAGUCAGAUAUUUUGUGUUUGUGUGUAUAUAGGAGUCUUGUGCCGUCUUGUUCAAUAAAUUAUUUUGUAGUAAAAGUGCAA